CUCUCUCUCACGGUUCACAGUGUCACUUGUGACACAGAUUUUUCAAUUUUUUUUUGGUUUAGAGAUUCAAGAUUUCAUUUGGGGCGCCAACUAAACCCUAAGCAAAGCAACAAAAACACAAAAACCACAAAAACAGAGUAACUCUCUGUGUUGGGAGAGGAGAGAGAGUCAAAAGAAGAGAGGGAGGGAGAGAGCAGCAGGGGUAGCUGAAGAGCAGAAGAGCUAAUUAUUAAAUCCUUAUAUUAUGAUUGACAUUGAGGAUUGAGGUGUCAAUCAAUUGGUGCAAGUGUUGAAUGAAAUCUGUCAGAUCUGGACAAUCCAUCCCUUAAAGGCUCAAGGUCUCGUGCCUCUUAUAUUCCUUCAUUCUGAUUCAGGCAUUUUGGAUAUGUAUAUACAUAUAUAGCAUCCAAAACAAAAUCUCUCCUUUCUGUUUGAUCAGUCAUCAAAUGAUGAAGCUUUGUAUUAAAGUAAAGAUUGGGUUUGUGGGUUUCUUCUUGCUUCUGAAUGAAAAUCGAAAUGCUUUGAGUUUUUCAACUUCAAAUUGAAGCCCUUUACUUGAAUUUGAAUUUGAGUUGCCAUUCUUUUUCAUACAUGAUCCAUCUAUAUAUAUGUUGUAUAUAUGAAAAUGUCAUCAUCAGCAGCAGCAGCAAUGGGUGUCUCUGAUCCAAGCCAACUGCACUUGAAGAAGGAGCUCACUCAGAUUCGAAAAGCCGCCCGCGUUCUUCGCGAUCCCGGUACCACGUCUUCUUGGCGGUCUCCUCUGGCCUCCUCCUCUAGAUCUGUGGGAGCAGCUGCAGCAGCAGCAGCAGCAGCCGCCUCUGCUACGACUUCUUCCACUUGGAACAACAAUGGAAACUCGACUACUCCCACUGGAAAUAGAAACAAUGGCAGCGUCAAAAGGGUCUUCUUGCACAACUGGAAGAGCUCCAAAUCCUCCAGAAACAACGACAAUGACGAUGAUGAUUACGGGGAUGGUGAUUAUGAUGAUUAUGAUGAUGAUGAUGAUGAUGAUGGCAUUGAUGCUUCUUCUUCAGUUGCAGCGUUGAGUGUUGAUGAUAGCUUGAGCGAUGCGCGUACCGGGGCAGAUGGAGAUUCAAGGAGUGACACUCAAACUUACAGCCGCUCCUCAUCCAUGAUGCUCAGGCGUAGAUAUGCGCAUCUUUUGCCACCCGUGAAAAAUACUAAGAAAACAAGUAAGAAAACCGAUACCCACUCUGAUGUUUUAUCCAAAUAUCAGCAGAAAGAAUUAAUUCUUGGUAGAAACUUAGUCAGUUCCAGAAAAUCCGUGGAGGGUCAUCCUUCAAUGGCUGUAAGAUCAGGCCGGACCCGGGAUGACUUGGUCGACCAAUCUGAUGACACUGAAGACUACUGCAAUUCAGAGGAUCUGAGGCGAAUUUCUGGGGCUUCACCAUUGCUUUCCAAACUUAAGAAGAAGAAUUGGUCUAAGUUUAGGAGAGAGAAUAGUAUUCGAAGAGAGGACUCUUCAUAUUCUUAUAGCACCCCUGCAUUGUCAACUAGUUCUUAUAACAGGUAUCAUGUUCGUAAUCCAAGCACUGUUGGGUCUUGGGAUGGCACCACAACUUCCAUGAAUGAUGGGGAUGAUGAGGUUGAUGACCAUUUGGAAUUUCCCGGUCGCCAGGGAUGUGGGAUUCCUUGUUAUUGGUCCAAAAGGACACCGAAACACAAAAGCAUGUAUGGAAGCUGCUGCUCCCCUUCGCUUUCUGAUACUUUGAGGAGGAAAGGAAGUAUCAUAUUUUGUGGAAGUCAAAAUAUUUAUCCUAGACGACGUCAAUCAUCAUCAGGUUCACAUAAGCAGAGAAUUGCAUCUAGAAGUGCUCAGGGUGUCCUCCCAUUGCUUACCAAUAGUGGUGAGGGUAGGGGAGGAUCAUCCUUAGGAACUGGAAGGAGUGAUGACGAGCUUUCUACAAACUUCGGGGAACUUGAUUUGGAGGCUCUGAGUCGAUUAGAUGGACGGAGGUGGUCAUCAAGCUGCCGAAGUCAAGAAGGGUUGGAGAUUGUAACUUUAAAUGGAGGAGGAGAAGAGGAAGGCUCACCAGAAAACAUUAGGAGUUUUAGCCAGAAGUACAAGCCAAUGUUCUUCGGUGAGUUGGUUGGGCAAAAUAUUGUUGUUCAAUCACUGAUAAAUGCUAUUGAAAGGGGUCGGAUUGCCCCUGUUUAUCUUUUCCAGGGCCCCCGUGGAACUGGGAAAACAUCAGCAGCCAGGAUUUUUACUGCUUCCUUGAAUUGCCUAGCUCCUGAUGAAACUAAGCCAUGCGGCUACUGCAGGGAGUGCUCUGAUUUUGUGUCUGGUAAGAACAAGGAUCUAUUGGAAGUUGACGGCACCAAUAAGAAAGGAAUUGACAAAGUUAGGUACCUAUUGAAAACUCUAUCAAUGGCACCUCCUUCAGCAUCCUCACGGUACAAGGUCUUUGUGAUUGAUGAAUGCCACUUGUUACCUUCUAAGACGUGGCUGGCAUUUCUCAAAUAUCUGGAAGAACCGCCACAAAGAGUUGUUUUCAUAUUUAUAACAACUGAUUUGGACAAUGUUCCCCGCACCAUACAAUCUCGGUGUCAGAAAUACCUCUUUAACAAAAUUAAAGAUAGUGACAUUGUUGCUAGAUUGAGGAAAAUAUCUGCUGAAGAGAACCUGGAUGUUGAAACGGAUGCACUAGAAUUGAUUGCUUUGAAUGCAGAUGGUUCACUUCGAGAUGCUGAAACUAUGUUGGAUCAGUUGAGUUUGCUGGGCAAAAGAAUUUCAACAUCUCUCGUGAAUGAACUUGUGGGAGUUGUUUCUGAUGAAAAGUUACUGGAGCUUUUGGAAUUAGCAAUGUCAUCAGACACUGCAGAAACAGUGAAAAGGGCCAGAGAGUUGAUGGACUCCGGGGUUGAUCCCAUGGUUUUGAUGUCUCAGUUGGCCAGCCUAAUUAUGGACAUCAUUGCUGGAACCUACAAUAUCAAUGAUGUCAAGCAUGAUUCAUUCUUUGGUGACCGGAAUUUGACUGAAGCAGAAUUGGAGAGAUUAAAACAUGCUUUGAAGAUUCUUUCGGAGGCUGAGAAACAGCUUAGGGUUUCAAGUGAGCGCUCAACAUGGUUUACAGCAACCCUAUUACAGCUUGGUUCAAUGCCUUCUCCUGACCUUACUCACUCGUGCAGCAGGAGGCACAGUUGUAAGACGACUGAGGAUGAUUCAUCCAGUGCUUCAAGAGAAGCUGCCUCCUACAAACAGUUAGAAGGUCAAUAUAUGCUUCAUAAAUCAACUUCCCAUGCUUCUUUACAAAAAACACUAAAUGGCAAUUCCAACCAUCAGAGAGAUUCAUUGUCAAGAAAAAAUGGUUUCGGUUUCAAUACCAAGCCUUCACAUGGACAAAUCGUGGAAAGUGGGGCCUCAACUCCCUUGCAUGAUGAGGAUAUGGCUGGUAAUGUGAUUCUUAGAUGUGUAAACUCUGAAAAGUUGGAGGAUGUCUGGGCACAGUGUAUUGAGAGAUGUCAUUCAAAGACACUGAGGCAGCUACUACAUUCGCACGGAAAGCUAGUGUCUAUAUCUGAAGCUGAAGGUGUUCUGGUUGCUUAUGUUGCAUUUGAAGAUGGAAGUAUCAAAUCCAGAGCAGAAAGGUUUGUUAGCAGUAUCACAAAUUCCAUGGAAGUGGUUCUCAGACGCAAUGUAGAGGUUAGAAUUGUUCACUUGCCUGGUGGAGAGGCUUUUCUAAAUGGUCCAAGUCCAGCUCACUUACCAGGAACCGUGGCAGCAAUUGAUAGGGAAAGGAAAAGAGUUGGAUCAAAUGCCACAGACGGUUAUUCAAAUUGCUCUUUGUUUCUUGAUGGGACCCGCAAGUCUACCUCUGAUUCAUCCGACGUGAUUGCAGAAGGCAAUGCCGAAACAAGUGCUACAAGAGAAAGGAGACAGGAGAUUCCAAUGCAAAGAAUAGAGUCCAUAAUUCGUGACCAAAGGUUAGAGACUGCGUGGCUACAGGUUGCAGAGAAAGGCACCCCUGGUUCAUUGAGUCGUUUGAAACCUGAGAAGAAUCAGGUCCUGCCACAGGAUGGCAUUUAUUAUGAAGAUCAGAUGGAGUCGUUGAAUUCAAUGAGGUUGUCCUCUCAGCAAUGGGAAGAUGGAUUAAACCAUGAAGUUAAAAUUUUGAAGGUUAAUAGUGGAAGGGAUGCCCAGAAGGACCAGACGGGAAGAAAGGUUGAUCGUUAUCCUAUGUCCCCAAGUUUACUACAUGAUAGUAACUUUGUGGGAAAUUCCAACAAAGAUAAUCUGGGUGAUGAAUCAGGAUCAGGUAGAGGUUGUAGUGGAUUUUUUCAUUGUUAUAACACCAAACCUCGUAAAAGAGGAAAGGUAAAAGGGACCGCAGUCGCUGUUCAACCACGCAAAGGUAGACGGUUGUCAUUGUUUGGGGAGUGUGGGAAGAAGUCAAGGAAAACAGAGAGCAGACAUACAAGAUAAAAGGGAGAUUUGUAGUUUGGGGUGUUGGCUAUGCUGUUCAUUUGGUUACAUAUUUUACUGUAUUUAUGUCUCCAGUUGAGCCAUUCUUCGAGGAUGUGAGUGAGAAGUAAAACAGGUGAUGUAAAGGUUUGCUGUUGAGCUGCAUUUCUCCAUCUCCAUCCAAUUUUCAUGUGAUCAAUAAAAGUAAAAGUGGUAAAACCUUGAAUUAAUUGGUUUCAUGUUGGACCCUUUCUUAAUUGAUUUUCUGGCCUUGAUGGGCUCAGUUGGCUGUACCGACUUGAAACUCUCUCUCAUAGGACAACUUGCUUAAUUGGUCAAGUAUUUUGAAUGGUAUUGUGCCAAAUGUUUGGAAUUAAA